UGUCGUCGCGGGUCCUGUCCCACUGCCGCCGCGCAGCCCGGGAGCCCCAGCAUGAGGCGCCUGGGGUCGGUGCAGCGGAAGAUGCCGUGUGCGUUCGUGACGGAAGUGAAAGAGGAGCCGGCCAGCAAACGGGAGCAGCAGCCGUUUAAAGUUUUGGCAACCGAAACUAUAAAUCACAAGGCAUUAGAGGCAGAUAUAUACAAUGCAAUACCAACAGAAAAAGUGGAUGGAACAUGUUGUUAUAUUACUACCUACAAAGGUCAACCAUACCUAUGGGCUCGGUUAGACAGAAAACCUAACAAACUCGCUGAGAAAAGAUUUAAAAACUUUCAGCAUUCAAAACAGAGCUCAAAAGAUUUUUUUUGGAAUGUUGAGGAAGACUUCAAACCUGUUCCAGAGUGCUGGAUACCAGCGAAGGAAAUAGAACAGUUAAAUGGGAACCCAAUGCCUGAUGAAAAUGGACACAUUCCUGGUUGGGUACCAGUAGAAAAGAGCAACAAACAGUAUUGCUGGCAUUCUUCAGUAGUUAAUUAUGAACUUGGGAUUGCUUUGGUACUGAAGCAUCAUCCUGAUGAUCUUGGCCUUUUGGAAAUUAGUGCAGUGCCCUUAUCAGAACUCUUAGAACAAACACUGGAGCUUAUAGGAACAAAUAUUAAUGGAAAUCCAUAUGGAUUAGGAAGCAAGAAACAUCCAUUACAUUUUCUUAUACCACAUGGAGCAUUUCAAAUAAGAAAUCUGCCUCCCUUAAGGCAGAGGGAUCUAUUGUCCUGGUUUGAAGGUUGCAGAGAGGGUAAAAUUGAAGGAAUAGUGUGGCAUUGCAGUGAUGGCUGCUUAAUCAAGGUUCAUCGCCAUCAUCUCGGUUUAUGCUGGCCAAUUCCAGAUCCUUAUAUGAAUUCAAAACCAGUUGUCAUCAACAUGAACCUAAACAAAUAUGACUAUGACUCUGAUACUAAAAGUUUGUUUUAUUAUUUUUCAAAAAUAGAUAAUCAGAAAUUUAGUAGGCUCAGAGAUAUAAUACUUGAAGUAUAAACUGGAAAUGCAAUUAAAUCCAGCU